UAUUUUUUCUUUGCCACCUUUUACACCCAAUGAAUGAAUCGCACAUGCAAAGAGUUAUCAUCUCUUCAGUUAGCCUGCUCUCUCUGGGUCAUUUAUUUUACAGCCCCCGAUCCGCAGUGACGAACAGCGAAGACAAUGACACAGCCAGCGGACUCUAUUCUACACAGCAGUUACUUCCAUCCAACUCUCCGAUACUGGCAGACCUGUUCUUCAGACCUCAGACCGGAUAACCUGAUUUAUCCCAUUUUCAUUACCGACAGUCCAGAUGCAGUUGAACCAAUUGCAAGUCUACCUGGCCAGGCAAGGUAUGGUGUUAAUAAGCUAGAAGGCUUACUUCGCCCCCUUGUGGAAAAAGGCCUAAAAUGUGUGCUGAUUUUUGGAGUUCCUGCUAAAAUUGAAAAGGACGAGAGAGGAUCAGGUGCAGACACAGACGACACUCCAGCAGUGCUGGCUGUGAAGAAACUGAGGAGCACAUUCCCCAAUCUAGUGCUGGCAUGUGAUGUCUGCCUUUGUCCCUAUACAUCUCAUGGCCACUGUGGAAUUCUGCGUGAAGAUGGAACAUUGGAUAAUGCUGCAAGCUGUAUGAGGUUGGCAGAGGUAGCAUUGGCCUAUGCUCGAGCAGGCUGCCACAUCAUUGCCCCUUCAGACAUGAUGGAUGGACGUAUUGCAUCCAUUAAGCAAGCGCUCAUAUCCAAUGAUCUUGGAAACAAGGUGUCAGUGUUGAGCUACAGUGCUAAAUUUGCCUCCUGCUACUAUGGGCCAUUCAGGGAUGCUGCCCAGUCUAAACCAGCUUUUGGAGACAGACGAUGCUAUCAGCUGCCUCCUGGUGCAAGAGGACUAGCACUGAGGGCCUGCGAUCGUGACGUAAAAGAGGGUGCUGAUAUGCUCAUGGUGAAACCUGGAUUACCAUACCUUGAUAUAGUGAGGGAGGUAAAAAAUAAGCACCCUACUCAUCCGCUGGCAGUGUAUAAUGUGUCCGGUGAGUUUGCCAUGUUGUGGCACGGAGCUCAAGCUGGAGCUUUUGACCUGCGCACUGCAGUAAUGGAGGCUAUGACUGCUUUCCGCCGGGCAGGUGCUGAUAUCAUUAUUACCUACUACGCCCCACAACUGCUCACAUGGUUAACAGAGUAAUAGUUGGUUCACCUGUGUCAGUGAACUUGGAUAAAAACGCAUCUCCUGUCUUUCACAGACUUAAAACGACACUGAUAAGCAGAUAAUAUUAUAUCAAUUACAAUUUUACAACUGAAUCUGAUCCAUGUAUCCAGUCACAAUUCAAAUUUUUUGUUGUUCUCAUAGCACAAUUGUUAAAAGGUAAAAGUUUCAUUUAUUUAGUCAUUUGUUUUAUGUAUACCACUGUCAUUUUUUUCUCAUCAGCAGAAACAUUGGAUGUCUUAUUGUUAUCUCUAUUAAGGUUCACAAUGCUAGUAAAUCUACACAAUGUUUAUCUGUAUAUAACAAAAAUGAGAAUAAAGUU